GUCACCAUCACGUGGCCACCAUUGAGUCACGGCUGCCAGGUACGAAGAAACAGGUUUUUUUUCUGACUCCGGCUCGUACGAGGCGACUUCUGUUACGCGCAUCGAGAGACUCUCAUUGUAUCGAAAUGCCACUGCACGCACGUUCUUCUCCAGCCUUUGGUGUCGCAGCACUUUGGUCCUUGACACUUCACCUUUUUAGUUGAGAUUCGCACGCCGUUGAGAUGCAGAAUUCAAUUGGAACGAUGGCAUUGAGAGACGAGAAUAAUCUACUCCAAUUUUUUGGAGUUGAUGGACCUGAUUUUGGGAUAUACUCUACAGCCUUAAGAACGAGUACGCCGACGGAAAUUCGUGAAAUUAUUAAAAAUGAGGGCGAUCCUUUGGAAGUCGAAUGCCAGAACGAUGACGUGAUCUAUUUUACUUAUCCUAUCAGUUCAGGGGAUAAAUUGAACACAUCAGCUGUGUAUAUAAAUCAGACUCAAGAUGAAGAUGGCACCUACAGGGCUUUGCUACAGCGACCGGAAACUGUUUACGGUGACACCGGCUGGUAUGGAUGCUCGGAUCAUCAGACCACUGUCACCAGCCCAUCUGACAGUGAUCCAUAUAUUAGCUGGACCUACGUUUACGUUCAAUCUAAAACGAAUUUAUUUGCGGAAAAUGUUUCGUUCGAGACUCUACACGAAAUUUCAGGAGGAACUGUCGUUAUACCGUGCAGGCCAACAUCGCCGAACUUGACUGUCAAACUAGAGACGGCGCUUCAUGAGAGAGUCAGGUAUGAGGAAAGCAGAAUUACUUUUGAUCCGAGAAUUGGAUUUAUACUGACGAACCUUACGAUACUGGACUCUGAAGCCUUGUCAUGCAGAACAGAACUAGACGGAUUUUCUCAGGAGGUCGGUUAUUAUUUAAACGUGAUGGCCACAUUUGAUCUGGACGAGCCAAAAAUCAUCGAGGAUUCUGUGCGGCACGUGACAAGGGGUCAAACUCUGUACGUGAACUGUACCGUAAUUAUUGAUGUGGGCAUGCAGUAUCUUCUCGAUUGGAGCCCCCCGCAUCAGAGCAGCAGGAUAACGACCCGCUUCUACAAGACCGAUCUACAUGACUCAGGGAACAGAGAGAGGAUCACGAACGAGUUGACGAUAAGGAACGUGACCGAGGAAGAUGAAGGCUACUACAAUUGCACCAUCCGGAAUUACAAUAAUCAUAAACAAACACAGAAAUACAUCGAGGUACAUGAUCCGCAACAUAAAUUUAUCAAUUUGACAUCUCAAGAUCCUGUUAAACACGUGCGUGCUGAUUACGAUGGUUCAGUACAGUGGGUCGUAAGCGUGAAGGGCUAUCCUCAGCCUCGGAUUACAUGGUUGAAUCCAAAGGGCCACGAAAUUACAGGAACUUGGCCGCCAUCGAACACAGCGAAAUAUGGGAUUAAAAUUACGGAUUCUAAGGCGGUGUUAAAAAUUAACCAUCUAAGUCUCGAUGACUCGGGAGUAUACUCCAUCCAAGCCAUUAACGAGGACAGAUCCGAAAUACUGAAUUUCACGUUAGACGUGUUAACUAAGCCAAUACCGAUGCUGCCUCAUCUGAAAUCGUAUUACGCACCUAAUCAAGAAGCAGAUGUUUUAUGUUAUGUGGCAGCGUUUCCGCAGCCAAAUAUUACUUGGAGUUUCAUCAAGUGUCCUAACUAUCCGUCUUGCGAAGGUGGCGAAACCGUGACUUUAAUGGGUACAAUGGUGCCGAUACAAGUAAAUUCGUUCCGCUCCAACGCAACAAUAAUCAUUGAUUCGUCUGGAAGACUUACCUGCUCGGCGUGCAACAGUCUUGGCUGUGAUUCAGCGACCGAAAACCUUCUCGUAUCUGAUGGAAAUGAUGGAUUUGGUAUAAUUGACCCAAAGGAACCUGUGGUCGAAGGCGACGAUUUGGAAUUGAUUUGUGCCUCCUCGGUUUACAAUUAUUCGAGCUCUUUUACAUGGUCCGAUGAAAACGAUACGUCGAUUAUAGAAACAAAUAGAUUGUCCAUUCAUAAAGGUCAGACGCAAUAUACAUAUAGAUCAAUUCUGAAGAUAAAAAACGUAAGGAGAGAGGAUUCGAAGGUUUACGUUUGUACUGGACGGACUAUGGACUCUGUGCCAGAGAGUGCACAAUAUCAUUUGAAUGUAGACGUCGCACGAGCACCUUCCUUUACUGAAGUCAAUCUGCAAGAGAAAGAAAUGGUUAUUGAUUUUCUCUCUCAAGGUCACAAAAGCGUACGUCUUAAAUGUGUCGCGGAUGGUAUGCCUAAACCAAACGUCACUUGGUAUAAGGAUGGAGCAAAAUUGGUGACUGGCGAACAGUUCAAGUGCCUUCAGAACAACCAAGUGCUUGUAAUAGAAUAUCUGAUGGAAAGCGACAGUGGCAAAUACUCGUGCCGAGUGGAAAAUCGCGUAGGAAAAUUAGAAGCUUCUCAGUUAAUAACAGUAAAAGGAAAAGAACAGUCAAUAGGACUAAUCGUCUCAAUCGUCAUCGUAGUUAUUUCCGCAUUGAUUAUGAUGAUCUACUUCAUCAUCAAGAUCCGUCGUGAAAAGACUAUGAGAAAGCAGUUGAUAGAUGCAGGAUUAAUGCACUUCGUGGAAGGAGCGGUCGAAUGCUUGAAUCCAGAGUUAACAGUGGAUGAUCAAGCGGAUUUACUUCCUUACGAUAAAAAGUGGGAAUUUCCCAGCGAAAGAUUAAAAUUGGGAAAGCAAUUGGGUAGCGGUGCGUUUGGAGUCGUUGUAAAAGCCGAAGCUGAAGGGAUUUGCGAAGACGAGGCGGUUACCACUGUAGCGGUGAAGAUGGUUCGCCGUACGACUGAUGCCACGUACGUUCGUGCACUCGCCAGCGAGCUAAAGAUCAUGAUACACCUUGGUAAACACCUGAACGUUGUCAAUCUUCUUGGUGCUUGCACGAAAAAUAUUUCCAAACGUGAACUCUUAGUAAUCGUUGAGUACUGUCGAUUUGGAAAUUUGCACAAUUAUUUACUGAGGCAUAGGAGCGAUUUUAUCAAUCAGAUUGAUCCAGCAACUGGUAAAUUUGAUCCUAAUAUUGGUGCCGAUCUUCUGACGAGGACUGUCAGCGUGUGCAGUAAUAACAGGAUAAAAUAUGCGGAAUUGUCAUUUUCUCGCAGUAACAACCGUAAUUCAGCAACUGAUUCGGUGCAGUAUCAAGGUACAACUGCAGAUUCUCAAGGUGUCAGUGUAUCACCGGAUGGCCUCGUCCUUAGUAAUGAUUCCACUCAACCGGGAUGGAGAUCUAACUAUCAUGGGGACUACAAGGACUACAAUUUAAAACCAAUUUGCACACAGGAUCUGUUAUCCUGGGCGUUCCAGGUAGCUCGUGGAAUGGAGUAUCUCUGUCAGAGAAAGGUGCUUCACGGCGAUUUGGCUGCGAGAAACAUUCUGCUGGCUGAGAAUAACAUAGUGAAAAUUUGCGACUUCGGUCUGGCCAAGUCUAUAUACAAGGACGACAAUUACAAAAAGAAAGGCGAUGGUCCAUUGCCCAUCAAGUGGUUGGCUAUCGAAUCGAUCAGAGAUCGAAUUUUCUCUACGCAAUCGGAUAUUUGGUCUUUCGGUAUAGUUCUAUGGGAGUUUUUCACGUUGGCUGAGACACCUUAUCCCGGCAUGGAAGCGGAGAUACAGUAUCAGAAAUUGAUCGAAGGUUAUAGGAUGGAGCAACCUGAAUACGCCACUCCCGAAGUGUAUGACAUAAUGCUUCAGUGCUGGAAGGCCAAGCCUACUCUUCGCCCAAGCUUCACGGAAUUAGUCGAGAGUAUAGGAGACUUGCUGGAGGAAAGUGUGAGAGCUCAUUACAUCAGCCUGAAUGCUCCUUACCUGGACAUGAACACGAUGCUACUAGGAAAUGGCAAGAACGACUACCUGACAAUGUUGUCUGCUCCCGAUCACGCGAUGCUUUCAUCGCCCACCCACGAAUACGUGAAUUCACCUGUACUUGAGAAUCCAGGGGGCUCAGAGUAUCUGUGCAUGAGCCCGAGAAGCCAAAAGAACGAGUCAGGCAUAUUCAGUCCAAGGCCCCGUCAAGAACGGUCGCAUUUCGAUUUCCCGAGUCCGACAUCAGAUUCAGAAAUGUCACCGAUGUUAAAGAAAGUGGAAGAUGACGAGCCCUAUUUAAAACCCAUCAACAUUCACGAACGGAGGGCGGAGUUCGCUAGAAACUGGCAAGCUAGGAAGAACAAUCAAACAGAGGAUCGAUCAGAGGACGGAGAAACGAAUCGGGAUUCUGGCUACUGCAACACACCACGGAACCUCCAAGAGAUAGAUCUAAAUAAAAAGAAUAACGAAAGCUUGGAGAAGUCGGAGGUUAAUUCGAAUCCAACGACCAAGAAAGAUUUCACUUCACCGAUCAUCAGGACACAGGACAAUUAUGUGAACAUGCCGAAGCAGAAGAUGGAUCUGCAGAAAGACCUACCAGACGGAUUCAGCAAUCCCAGUUACGUGAUAAUGAUUAAUAGAGAGUUAGACCAGACCAAGGUUUGAAGUGUCAAAAAGUUUCUUCGCUUUUGGAAUUUUUGGAAUUUUCUGGGACGAAUAGUGCAGGUUUGGGGUUUAAUGUAAGCGAGUCUGUGUACGUGUUCUCUUGGACUUAUGAGUGUAAAAUCGUGUGAUGCAAGGGAAAAUUGGUUUGUACAUUUUAGCUGCCGAUUAAUUCCACUGUGCCAUGAAAUGUUCGCGUAACAGUGUGCUGUUGGUUUCGUUGGAGGGAAGGAAAUAUCGGACUUUCUAAUUUUAAGUAAUACAGAGAGGAAUAUGAACAAAAUGUUUAAUGAAAGAUCAACUCAGAUAAUGUGUUCGUACACGUUGUAAAUGACAGAGUUUUUAAGAUGAUUCUAUAAAUACAUUCAGAGAAAAUGUAGCUUUUUCGUACGGUUGUCUCGAGAUAAUUAAACUUGAAUAUUAUCUGGAUUCACGAGCAUUUGAUUUUUGAGGUUUUUGAUAGUUCUUGAAGCUUUGUAACGAGUGUCUUAAACUAUGGUUAAUAGCAUGGCUAAUUAUUCAAUUUUCAAAGUCAAUUGGAAAAUGACUUUUAACAUUAACGCAAUGGUUAAUAUAUAUUGUUUGUACUAAAGUGAUUUUCUACGGUGCUCCUAAUAACGGAAUAUUUGUACAUCUUAAAAUUGCCUUAUCGCUGUUCAUUUAUCAAUCAAGAGUGCCUUGCACUGUUUAAUUGUUAUACUGAUAAUAAAAUAUAUUUAAAAUAUUGUUAUAUAACAAGAUGCAAGUAUGGCGCAAUCCACUUUUUUUAAAGUGAUUUAUUCUCGUUGUAUUCGACUGUGUUCACACAUGUAUGUGUGUAUAUUUACAGAGUGUAAAACAAGAUAGAAAUUGCAUGUUACGAAAUUUCUAUGCAAUGGAAACAUUUGAUUUUUUAAAAUAUUGAAAAUUGUUUUAUAGUUUAUAUUAGUUUGUAAUAUUCCGCUUUGAAAAUCUAUCUAAAUUAUCGAUUUCAUUUUUUUUUAUUAUUACAUUUACUACCUAGUGAACUAUAGUUAUUUGCAUUGGCAAAAUACAUUUUCGUGACGUCUGCGUAUAAUAUUUAAAUUGUCACGAUCUUCUUAAUCGUUUGCAAAUAUUACAAAUGUUACUCACUAUAGGUUGGAACGCAUUCGAAUGUUUGCUCGAAAACUCAUCAAUAACGAGAAAAGUCAAAUAAACGACACAUCCAGAUGUCAAUGCGCUUUUAGUAUGACUAAAAAAUGAUUUAAAAAAUUUGUGUGAACAUAACGUGUUUCUGCGGAUUUUUAAAGAUAUUUUUUAAACGGACAAUUUUCUGAGAAACAUAUGUUAAAAGUGCAGCAAAAUCGUUUAUUUUUCACUGAGCAAAUGUAUCACUUGUUUAACUUUCCUUGUAAAUAUCGUUGCGACGGACUGACUCAUUUUCUCCAGCAUAAAAUUGAUAUUUUUAUAGAGAAACACUUCUUCAAUGAAACUUCGAAGUCGUUGAAACGUAAAAUUUACGAAAUGAUUCCAAAUCGUUGCCACGUCUUCGAAUUUUUCAUGAAAUGGGAAGAAUCAUUUAGGUUAAUAUAUUUACGAUAUUGUGCUAUGCGUAUUAAUGAUACAUUUUAACUAAGAAAUUACAUUGUAAUAGUAUUUUUAGCUGACCAAAUGUACAAAAAAACAAGAAACUAAUAUUACGGAGAUAUACAUAAUAAUAGUGUCGAAUGCAGAAGCUUUUAAUGAUGUACUUAUUACUUGUUAUAGAUACAAUCUCGGCAAAUAAAUCAUUUAAAUCGCUUUGAACAGUAACAACGGCAUUGAAAAAAUAAUAUUCAAUACCUAAACCAGAAAUUCGAGAUGCUAAACAAGCGUAAACACGAACUUGCUAAGCAGUACCUAAUACUCAAAUGUAUUGUGAGUUCUUUCACAGGGUUUAGUGUUACCGAUCCGAGAGGAGAAACGAAUUUUUUAAAAAUUCAUCGAGAUGUACUAUGACCAAAGACGUGUAGCGUGUAACGUUUUAAUAUUGUUAAAAUAUUUUAGUUUGUAUACAGGAUUUUUAUGGCGAUUCUCGAACAAGAAGAUUUCUAAUCUUACACUGUUUUUAUACGAUUAAAAGUUUGUAAAAUAAAACCUUCUAUAAUUAACUAAGCAAUU